CUGAUCUCAAUACCUCUGCCAAACUUCCUUCUUCCUUGUUCACUAUCCAAUUCAGAAAGUGAUGAUGACCCAGAUCAAAGCUAGAAAAAAACUCCUCUUAACUGCUUUUGCUUCAAUCCUUCUGGUCUCCGCUUUAAUAGGCAUCGUCAUUGGGGUCAAGUCUCGUAACUCCUCCGGCUCCGAUGAGUCUCACCCACAAAGUAUGACGGCUUCCACAUCUCACGCCAUUGUAAAAUCAUCAUGCGACAGCACAUUUUACCCAGAAUUAUGCUACUCCACCAUCACUAGCCAUCCUGAAGUCACCAAAAAGGUGAAAAGCCAAAAGGACGUGAUCGAGCUGGCUGUGAAUAUCACAAAAACCGCGGUGGAGAAAAACUACUUCCAGAUAAAGAAGAUGAGCACUCGAAAAGGUCUGACGCCACGCGAGAUUGGGGCGCUUCACGACUGUCUGGAGAUGGUAGCUGAAACGUUGGAAGAGCUUACGGAAGUUGAGAAAGACCUGGAGGAGUAUCACACCAAGAAAUCCCUACAGCAGCACGCUAACGAUCUCAAGACGCUUAUGAGCUCCACCAUCACCGACCAGGAGACUUGUCUUGACGGCUUCUCUCACGGCGGUGCCGAUAAAAAGGUCCGGAAAGAGCUGGAAAAAGGUCAGGUGAAGGUGGAGAAAAUGUGCAGCAAUGCACUCGCCAUGAUUUGUAACAUGACCGACACCGACAUAGCUAACGAGAAGAGGUUGACGGGGAGGAACUUGAAGGAGAACAACUCGGACUCGGAGUGGCCGGAAUGGUUAUCUGUUGGAGACAGGAAGUUGUUGCAGGCAGGGACGGUGACGCCAAACGUCGUCGUUGCCGCGGAUGGUAGCGGAGACCACAAGACAGUGGCGGCUGCGGUGGCAGCAGCGCCGUCAAAGAGCAGCACAAGGUACGUGAUUAGGAUUAAAGCCGGUGUGUACCGGGAGAAUGUGGAGGUGCCUAAGGGGAAAACCAACUUAAUGUUUAUCGGAGAUGGAAGAAAAAACACCAUCAUCACUGCCAGCCGGAGCGUUAAAGGAGGAAGCACCACCUUCGAGUCCGCCACCGUCGCAAUUGUAGGGGAUGGGUUCUUGGCCCGGGACAUAACAUUCCAAAACACGGCUGGUGCUUCAAAUCACCAGGCUGUGGCACUCCGUGUUGGCUCAGAUUUAUCCGCAUUCUACCAAUGUGACAUGCUGGCCUACCAAGACACCCUUUACGUCCACAAAAACCGUCAGUUCUACAUCAACUGCUUGAUUGCUGGAACCGUCGAUUUCAUCUUUGGUAACGCUGCAGCCGUUUUCCAAGAUUGUGACAUCCAUGCACGUCGCCCCAAUUCUGGUCAAAGGAACAUGCUCACCGCACAGGGCCGCACCGACAGUAACCAAAACACAGGGAUCGUCAUUCAGAAGUGCCGAAUAGGUGCCACUUCUGACCUCCAACCGGUGCAGUCCAGUUUUCCAACAUAUUUAGGACGACCAUGGAAGCAGUUUUCGCGAACUGUGGUGAUGCAAUCCACCAUCAGCAAUGUGAUCCACCCUGCUGGAUGGUUCGAGUGGGAUGGGAACUUUGCCCUGGACACGUUAUACUAUGCUGAGUACCAGAACACUGGGGCCGGUGCCGGGACGUCGGGUAGAGUAAAAUGGAAAGGGUUCAAGGUAAUCACCAGCUCUACAGAGGCUCAAGGGUUCACCCCAGGAAGCUUCAUUGGUGGAGGUAGUUGGUUAAGAAGCACUGGUUUUCCGUUUUCUCUUGGUUUGUAAACUACGCCGGGCUGUGCGUACGGUAUUAAUUAAUUAAUUAGUGCAUGUGCCAACCCAAUAAUAUGUACGUGAUUGAUGGUCCUAAAUUAAGGAUCAUUGUAUUUGUUUCUA